GAGCCAUCUCUCCAAUCCUCUUUUGCUAAGAGCUUGGGAUGGGUCUACAGUCCAUAGAAAUGGUGAAAGUGGAUGGCAGUGGGAGGUACACCUUUCCUGGGAUGUUUUUGGAAGAUGAAAACCCUGUAGGACUGGCUGUGUUUGAGAACGCCUUCCUCUGGGCAAAUAAAACACAACUGAUUCAUACCUCACCCCACAGCCCAAAGGAGAGAAAGGUGCUCCAUGCCUCUGUGUCUGCUUUCUUAAUCCUCCGCAAAUCCCAGCAACCCAAGAGCGGGUACCCAGCGUGUGUUCCAGGUUCUUGUAGCCACCUGUGCCUCUUGUCUCCCAUCCAUCCCAAGGGCUACAAGUGUUUUUGCCCAGAAGGACUAUUUCUUUUACCCUCUGGUACAUGCAAUGUUGUUUUAUUGAGAGGGGUCAAUGGACACCUGUUGUCAUUCCAAGGCUGCUUCCUUGACUGCUUUCUAAUGCAUGUUUUAAGAUGUGCGCAACAAGGAUCCUUUAAAUAA